AUGCAUAAUCCAUCCCUCCCCGUCGCCCUCGCUCUCUCCCCUCCCUUCCCGUCGCCCUCGCUCUCUCCCCUCCCUUCCCAUCGCCCUUGCGCUCUCCCCUCCCUUCCGGUCGCCCUUGCUCUCUCCCCUCCCUUCCCGUCGCCCUUGCGCUCUCCCCUCCCUUCCCGUCGCCCUUGCUCUCUCCCCUCCCUUCCCGUCGCCCUUGCUCUCUCCCAUUCGCCUUCGCACUCGCACCGAAACGCCCUCUCCAUGUUUUUUUCUGAAGUGUUUUGCUGCAUGGUGGGAGGAGGAGAAGGCGUGGUGAGAGGAGGAGAAGGCAUGGUGAGAGGAGGAGAAGGCGUGGUGAGAGGAGAAGGCGUGGUGAGAGGAGGAGAAGGCGUGGUGAGAGGAGGAGAAGGCGUGGUGAGAGGAGGAGAAGGCGUGGUGAGAGGAGGAGAAGGCGUGGUGAGAGGAGGAGAAGGCGUGGUGAGAGGAGGCGAAGGCGUGGUGAGAGGAGGAGAAGGCGUGGUGAGAGGAGGAGAAGGCGUGGUGAGAGGAGGAGAAGGCGUGGUGAGAGGAGGAGAAGGGCCUUAUUCGAGUGCAGCACGAAAGGAGGCCGCCGCGAGACGCGGAGAGGCAGCGAGGGGAGGCAGGGUGAUGCCGACGACGCAGGCUAAAUGCGCAUGUGCGGGAAGGCGAGAGGAGGACAUGUGUGGAGGUGGGAGUCGCACGCGCGGGGAGGCGAGAGGAGAGCGCGGGGAGGCGAAAGUCGCGCGCGCGGGGAGGCGAGAGGAGCAGGCGCGGGGAGGCGAGAAGAGCAGGCGCGGGGAGGCGAGAGGAGAACGCGUGGGGAGGCGAGAGGAGAACGCGCGGGGAGGCGAGAGGAGGCCGCGUGUGGAGGUGAGAGUCGAGCGCGCGGGGAGGCGUGAGGAGGCCGGGCAGGGAAAGCGAGAGGAGAGUGAGGGGAUGCGAGAGGAGCACGCACGGGGAGGCGAAAGAAUGGGUAAGGCGAGAGGUUGCGGAAAGGGGAUUUCGGGCGGAAAUGAGGUUGCGGAAAGGGAAAUUCAGUGCUCUGGAAUGAGGGCGUGCAGGGGAGGAAACAAGGGCGUGCCCAGAAGGGGAGAAGGCGUGGUGGGAAGGGGAGAUGGCGUGGCGGGAAGGGGGGAUGACGUACCCAAUCGCGCGCGGCGAACGGCGGACGGCGAGCUAGGAGUGGAGGAAGGGACGGGAUGCAGAUGCUAG